AAUACACAAGCCGCACAUGAUCAGUUUACCUAAGGUUGGCUUUCUUUGGUUACCAUGGCAGAAAUGGCAUUUAUUAUUCAACCGGUAACUCUGUGCGGCCAGCUUAGACUCACGGCCAUUCUUAGCAGACUUCAAACUGUGAGGAUUAAGCACCGGGAAAGUAAUCCAUGGGCAAGAAAUAGUGUGUCUGAGCUUUACACUUGGCUGCGAAUGAGAGGCAGGAGAGCUCCGAGCCAUGUAAUAACCUGGACCCGGCCUCUCGAUGGAGGAGACUGCGAUCACGCCGGCCGGGGAGAAGCCCCAGAAGCGGGUUCGGUUCCGCGUGGCUUCAGGGAACAGCGGGCGGGUUCUGAAAGAGAUGUUCAAGGACGACGGCCCCUCCGACUCUCUGGAUUCAGACUGCACCAGCGGCUCCGAUGCGGACCGGGCCAGCACCCCGUCCACCAGCGGGGACACGAGCACGUACGGCUCUCUGUGCAGCUCUCUGGGCUCCGAGGUGGACGAAAGCGAGAGCGAGCCGGACGACCUGCUAUUGCACGCCGGGGCGCGUAAGGACCGCGUGUUCACAACCAAGAGGGUCAAUAUAGUCAGUAAGAACGGAACUGUGAGGGGGGUUAAGGACAAAGUGAGCGCGGGUCAAGUCUUGUUUGAGAAUCUUAGCAAAGCCUUCACACAGCCCCAGCUAUUGCUCGAGUUUGGGCGGAUCGUGAUCUACACCACAAGCUUCCGCGUGGUGAGGACUACCUUCGAGAGAUGCGAGUUGGUCCGGAAGAUCUUCCAGAACCACAGCGUGAAGUUCCUUGAGAAGAACAUCGCCCUGGAUAUUGACUACGGCAAAGACCUGGAGGAGAGAUGCAAGCGUGUGGGGGAGCCCCCCUCGCUCCCGGUCGUGUUCGUCGAUGGACACUACCUUGGGGGUGCUGAGAAGAUACUAGACAUGAAUGAAUCAGGAGAACUUCAAGACCUCUUGACAAAAAUUGAGAGGGCCCAGCACCACCACCCGUGCCAGAGCUGUGGAGGCUUCGCCUUCAUCCCGUGCCCAAUGUGCCAUGGCAGCAAAAUGUCUGUGUUCCGCAACUGCUUCACAGACUCCUUCAAAGCCCUCAAGUGCACUUCCUGCAAUGAGAAUGGGCUCCAGCCUUGUCCCAGCUGCAGCAAAUGAGGACACAAAGGCCCUGACCAAGAACCUUGCAAAGGAACGCACAUAACUGCUCACACAAACGUUCGUAAAAAUCGUUUUCAAUAAUGUGUUUUGUAAAGAAAAAAAAAAUUGUGAUCUCUCUUCA